AUGGAUUGUACAGAAUCAUCCAAUAAAAAUGUUCAAGGAACAACAUACGAAGCAUCUAGUAGUAAACUAUCUGCGAUCGAAUUGGGAUAUUAUGAUGACCCAUAUAUGCAAUAUUUUGUUAAGAGGAUGGAGAGGAGAAGCCCUCUAAUAAAUAGAGGUUACUAUUCUCGUGUUGCCGGGGUACGGAAAUACAUCGAUCUGUUUGUUAAAUCAAUAGGGAAUGAUGAAAUAGUUCAGGUAGUAAAUAUAGGGGCUGGAUUGGAUCCAAUGUUUUUUUGGAUAUAUGAACAUUAUAAAAAUGUUAAAUACUACGAACUAGACUUUUAUGAGGUGCUAAAUAAAAAAACAAAAAUAAUAAAUAAUGUUGAAUUAUUAAAAAAAUGUUUAAUAAGUAAAGACAAGGGUGUACAAAAUGAAAAGGAUCUUAUAAAUUGUGAAAAUUAUAAAAUGGUUUCUUUUGAUUUAAAUAAUCCAAGUUCGAUGGAAACAAAAUUAACAAAUAGUGGUUUUGAUGUUUCACUACCAACUAUAUUUUUAUCUGAAUGUGUUUUUAUUUAUUUAGAAGUUGAAAGCAGCGAUAAUUUAAUUAAAACCUUAAGUGGCCUUAUGAAAAACAUCGCAUGUGUAAUUGUAUACGAACAAUUUAACCCCAAUACCGCAUUUGGGACAAUAAUGAUAAACUACUUUAAUCAGAGAGGAAUAACUUUAAAAAGUAUACACAAAUACAACAGUUUAGAAUUACAAAUUGAAAGAUAUAAAAAUUUAGGAUGGUCCAAUGUGUAUAUAAAUGAUAUGAACGAAAUAUAUGAUUAUCAUAUAAGCUUCGAAGAAAAAAAAAAAAUAGAAAAAAUCGAAAUGUUUGAUGAGUUUGAGGAAUGGAGAUUAUUCCAAAAUCAUUAUUUCAUACUGGUUGCUUUUAAUUGCCAUAAAAAUAUAUAUUCUAAUAAAUUAAAGGCGUUUUUGGAAAAUAAAAAAGCAAAAGGAGGAUAA